AUGGCGGCGCAGAUCCGAAAGCACCCACAGCAGGUCUCAGACAUCGACUCACACCUCGACAGCAUUGUCUCAACAUCUCCCCCAUCCUCCUCAUCCCAACCCCCCUACUACAACAGCCGCCCCGCUCCCCCCGGUGCAGGUAUCGCCAGUGCCCGCCCAGCCUUAUCCCUCACCAACCGCAUCUCUUCCCACGGCAACUCCCUCAUGCGCGGACCGGCUCCACCCUCCCCACUCUCGCAGGUUGCUGGCGGCGCAUCGACUGGCAUUAGCCCGCCAGAGGCGUCUAUUAUCAUGGCCCCAAGAGUGACAGUGUCGAGCACAGGAUUAGUGCACACACACCCGGGCGCCGCCGACCACCACCUGAAGAAGAAGCAUGUCCACAUUGCCGACGACAACUCUGCCCCACCACCUUGCUUUAUCCACUCUGGACUUGACAAGCAUGGCUCGCUCCAGGACUGGCUGCGAGGCAAAAGCGAGCACCUCCUUCCGCACCACCGCAAGAACCGCGAGCGCGUGCGUGCUGACUGGGAGCGUCCACAUGCCGAGCCUGUACCUGCCCGCUCCGCUCGCCGUGUGCCGUUGAGCAUGACGCCCACUGAGCAUCGCCCUGAACUCGACAAGGCAAAGGACAGACGCCCACCGCGCGCUGGUAUGACAUCCCCUCUCGCGGAUGGAUAUGAGAGCGAUAAGAGCAGCUUUGUCGACACCCGCACAUUGGACAGUGCAAUGGACGAUGACGACGAUGACGACGACGACGACGAUGCUCCUAGCUCGCUAACCAAGCAGCUGGCCGCAACGGCACAGGGAGUGCGCGAGGUUAGCAAGGAGCUUGGCCGCACAAAGGUGCACUCGCGUAUCCAGCACGUCCUCAUUGUGACGAAGGCUCGUGAUAACCGUCUCAUCAAGCUCACUCGCGAGCUUGCGUUGUACCUCAUGCUCAAAAGCCCAACCGGCCCACCCUCGACGGCUGCGAGCUCGACGAGCGACCUGCGCGGCAGCUCGAGUGACCGCCCCGAACGCCCGCCGCGCCGCGGCAUGGUCGUUUACGUCGACGCUCAACUGCGCACCUCCAAGCGGUUCGACGCCGAGGGUAUUCAGCGUGACCACCCCCAGCUCUUUGAGCCGAUGGCGCGCAGGCGCUCAAGCUCAACAUCGGCAAGCACCACAAGCAUCUCCACCAUGGCCUCGUCGUGGUCAGCCGUGUCCCAGCCAGACAAGGACAAGGAUUCUACUGGCCGCCGCCGUGACGAAGGCCAGCUGAGGUACUGGACCGCAGACAUGUGUUCCAACUCGCCCCAGCUGUUCGACUUUGUGGUCACUCUUGGUGGUGACGGUACCGUGUUAUUCACGUCGUGGCUCUUCCAAAAGAUUGUCCCCCCUGUGCUCCCGUUCGCUCUGGGCUCACUUGGUUUCCUUACCAACUUUGACUUUAAGGACUACAGCCAAACGAUGGACCGUGUCAUCGAGGAGGGCAUCCGCGUCAACCUCCGCAUGCGAUUUACGUGUACCGUGUACCGCGCAAUGGCUCCCGAGGAAAUGCUCGUGGUCAAGAAGCACGGCAAGCGCAAGGCGAUUCGUCGACCUGGAGGUGAAAUCCUUGUCCGUCAGGUAGACAAGGACGGGUGGGAAGCGCUGGAGGGUCGCUCGCCUCUUAGUCCUCCCGACCAACAGACUGGUGGCAAGGAUAAGGAAAUCAUGUGCUUUUCCACUCGACCGGUCGAGCAGUUUGAGGUCCUCAACGACCUCGUUGUGGACCGCGGACCGUCGCCGUUCGUCUCACUGCUUGAAAUCUUUGGCGACGACCACCACCUCACCACCGUCCAGGCCGACGGUCUCACCGUGUCUACCCCGACUGGAUCGACAGCCUAUUCGCUCUCUGCCGGCGGCUCGCUCGUGCACCCCCAGAUCCCCGCCCUCCUUCUCACUCCUAUCUGUCCUCACACCCUCUCGUUCCGCCCCAUGCUCCUCCCAGACAGCAUGGAGCUGCGUAUCUGUGUCCCCUACAACUCUCGUUCCACUGCAUGGGCGUCGUUUGACGGCCGUGGUCGUGUGGAGCUCAAGCAGGGCGACCACAUCAAAAUCACGGCGUCCAAGUACCCGUUCCCAACCGUGUGUGCCGACAAGCAGUCCACCGACUGGUUCAAGUCAAUCUCUCGUACCUUGCGUUGGAACGAGCGCGAACGUCAAAAGUCGUUUGUCGUCGUCGAAGAGGACGAGGAGCCCGCCAAACCCCACCACGACCGCGCCAAUGGCGACGCGACAAGUGGCCGUGACGAGGGCAGCGACAGUAGCGAAAGUGACGAGAGCUCCGAGGACGAGUUUGACAUUGACGACCGAUCUGGAGGCGAGAUGACGCCUUCACCGCAAGGAACCAACGCUGGCACUGCGCCAGUCCCGUCCCGCAAACUCCGAAGUCUUAUUGCCAUGGAUGUUAUAGACUCGCAGCCGAGCGGCGUCCAGUCUCCCGACCGCUUUGCCUCGGGAUACUAUGCCCCUCCGCCGCUCAGCCAGCGUCACCUCCUGGAGAGGCUGGCCAGUGUUGAGAGUCAGCUCCGUCAGGCCAACCUCGGCUCGGACCCUCCUUCACCGCGCUCAGACGCCGACGGCGACAUGUCGCCCCUCCCAGAGGAAAUCGACAUUGAGCGACCCCCACUGCACCAUCUCGCCUCGGAGGUGCGCGAGGUCCGCGAGAGCCUGACCGGCGACUAUCUUGACUCGAGUGGCAACGAAAUCGAGCCUGUGUCCGACUCGUCUACCGGCUCAGGAAUCCCUUCAAGCCUGGUGACGCGAUGCGAGUCGGACGCUACGCUCGCUCCAAGCGCCAGUGAGGCCGAGUCGCGCGGCGGACGCAGUGACAGCGGUCCAUUGGGCCUGGGAGCGAGGACACCGCGCCAAGGUCGCUCACGCAGCCGCUCGAGGCAUAGCACGCACCGCCUGUCUCGCGGCAACUCGCCUGCUCCUGGCUCACAGCUGGGGGAGGGCAAGAAGAAGACCAAGGCGUUUGCUUUCUUUGGCCAGGACGACUCUACGUCGGAACUGUCUGACCCCUCCGACUGA